CUCCGGGGCGGGGAGAGGUGGCAGUUGAGUCCUCCCAUAUCCCAGCAGGCAGUGCAGUCUGGAGACUCUGACAAAGGAGCAGGGAGCAGUCGCAGCUGCUUUCCGAGGAGCCAGUGUUGCUGAGAUUGCCAAAAUGCUUUGGAGUUUUUAACUGAAUCUAAGAAAGUCCAAAAUAGACUUGAGACUGUAAAGACAGAAGCUGCAGCAAGGGGGAUACAGUGCCAAUGCAUCAACAAAAAAGACAACCAGAGUUAGUGGAAGGGAAUCUUCCUGUCUUUGUGUUUCCCACGGAGCUAAUAUUUUAUGCAGAUGAUCAGUCAACACAUAAGCAAGUGUUGACUCUGUACAAUCCCUAUGAGUUUGCCUUAAAGUUCAAAGUUUUGUGUACGACUCCAAAUAAGUAUGUUGUCAUUGAUGCUGCUGGUGCAGUGAAGCCACAGUGCUGUGUGGAUAUUGUCAUUCGUCAUAGAGAUGUUCGAUCCUGUCACUAUGGUGUGAUAGACAAAUUCCGUCUCCAGGUUUCGGAACAAAGCCAGAGGAAAGCCUUAGGAAGGAAAGAGGUUAUUGCUACUCUUCUCCCAUCUGCGAAAGAACAACAAAAGGAAGAAGAGGAGAAGAGAAUAAAGGAGCACUUAACCGAGAGUGUAUUUUUUGAGCAGUCCUGUCAACCAGAAAACAGAGCAGUCUCUUCAGGACCUAGUUUGCUAACUGUCUUCCUGGGAGUGGUAUGUAUUGCGGCCCUGAUGCUGCCUACUCUAGGGGAUAUGGAAUCGCUGGUGCCUCUCUACCUCCACUUAAGUGUGAAUCAAAAAUUAGUGGCUGCUUAUAUCUUAGGUAAGGGUUUUAAAGAUGCGUUGGUGCUCGUGUGUAGGGGCUUACUGAUUUCUACUGUUACAGAAUGUGUGUAAAAUACAGUCAGGCGUAGAAGUGUGAGUGGGAGGGAGAGAAAGGAUUAGCAGUGCAAGGUCAUCUGGCUACAGAGUGAGUCUAAGGCCUGCUUCCACUAUAGAUGUCUUGCAAUAAAAAGUCUUUACUGACUGUCUCCUGUCCCAUCUAUGAUGCCAAUUCUUUCUUGUACUUGUGCUCAGUGUUCCUUGGAGUGCUUUUUUUUUUUAUUUUUGAGCCAGGAUUUCAUGUAGCCCAGGCUUUCCUUGAACUCUAUAUAGCAGAGAAUUACCUUGACCUCCUGCUCUUUCUGUACUCACUUCCCCAGAACUGGGAUUACAACCAUGCACUGCUACACUAGGCUUUCUUUUUUUUUUUUUAAUUUGUACAAUAUAUGCAUGUGCUUGUUUAUUUGUUGUUUUCAUUUAGAGACAGGGUCUUACUCCAGUCCAUGCUGCCCUGCAGCUUGUUAUGUAUGCCAGGCUAGCCUCAAACUCAGCAGGAGUCCUCCUGUUUCUGCCUCUCAGGGCUAGAAUUACAGGCAUGUACCAUCAUCGCACCUGGCUUUCUGUUCUUAAUGUCAAAACUGCCUUUCUGUCUCUUGUCUCUCCGCCACUUCCCCUAUGACCUUACCCCUCAGACCAUCCAUCACAUUGCCAUGAGGUUGAUCUCCCUACUGUUUCAGUUUCAUGAUGUCUUUCUACUCUAAAAGAUCUCCAUUCAGUCCCCCAAGUCCAUGGGAUAGAGUGGAGCUCCAUAGCUUGGCAUUUACAACGGGGCUGUCCUACAGACCUCACUCAGCCAAACUCUAGCUCUUCUGCUUUAUAAAUCCUUGAACAGAGCCUUUCCUGAAAUGCCUGCUUUCUUUCUGAAAAUUUUCUGCCCAUCUUCAGGGGUUUGCCUGGGCUUUUAUGCUUGGAGACAGUGUUUCUUCUGACCAUGUCAGUCCCAAGUACUCAUCUUCCUUUACACUGCUCUGUUUUAAUUCCUCCCCAACAUUUAUUAAGACUGUGUGCACAAGCCAGUGUGGUGGCACACUCUUUUAAUCCCAGUGCUUGGGAGGCAACUUGAUCUCGGCGAGUUCAAGGUUAGGCUACUGUACUGAGUCAAUUCUAGAACAGCCAGAGCUAUGUAAAGAGGGAGGUCUUGUCUCAAGAAAAAAAAAUCACACCAAACAAACAACCCAAACCAGAGGAUGGAACAUAUGCUUACUCUCUUGAAUGGUUAUUGGUUUAAAUGUGAAGAUUCUCAGGGAAAGUGGGAACUAUAUUGCUGUGUCUUUCUGGUCUUAGGGUCCUGAUACUAUAGGCUGUUGAAGUCCCUUUGGUUUUAUAGACACUUUAAAAUGGCAUGUCUGUUGUUAUUACAGCAGAUGUGACUGGAUAAAGUAGGAGGUAUAUUUGAUGGUAGGAUUAGCUAUGACCAGACAUAAGUGAUUUCAUUAAGUCUAUCCAGUGACUGUCUAUUGUUGUAAAUUGGAUUUCUUCUGUAUAAUAUCACCUAAAUCCAAAUUGACUUUGAGCUCUUGGUCGAGUGCCUGCCUGUGGCCCUAUAUUUUAUUUGCUUGUUGAGUUCCAAACAAUUGUUUGUUGGAUGGAAGAUUUUAAAAAAUGCAUUUCUCUAACUGUCCUUCAUUUUUCCCCUUUCAGGUCUUAUCACAAUGGCUAUACUUAGAACAUGAACAAGGAUUAAAACUGACUUCUGAAGUAAAUUUAUCUUAAAAUAUGAAUGUGGACUGCCUUUUAUCUCUUCCACUCCAUUAACACACUACAAAUUAUGGAAUGAUUAUAAAUAACUGCAAAUGUAUAAUAUAUAUUUUCAAUUAGUCUAUAAUUUUAUUUGAAGGACUGUAGCACUUUAUGUUACAGACAACAAAGAUACUUCUGAGCGAUUGAUAUCUAGGAAAUUAUUUGAAGACAUUCUUUUAAACUCUAUACCUAUUAUGCAAAUAACUUUAGUUCAAUGUUAUUGUUCUUCUUUUGAUUUCGAAGUCACUUUGAUAAGGGUCAUGGGUCCUUCAAAGUUUAAGGCCUAUAUGAGCAACUGAGCUGAUUGAACAUAAAGUGACAUUGCCUAGACACAAGCACCGACAUUACUAUGUAAAUCAUAGACUUCCUCCUAGCAUUACAAGGAGUUGCUGCCAGGUUUCUUAAGCGAAUAUAUUAUAGUCAGUGUGUGAGGGGGUUGGAAACAUAAGGUACUUACUGAGGGAUCAUGCUUACCCUGGACUCGUGACAGAAGACAAGAUGUUUUAAAAUUAUCUCGUGAACUUCAGGACAGGCUGUCGUUCAGAGAACAGGCCCCUCACAGAAGUAGAUUGCUUUCCCUAUUUGGCCUGAGAGUUCUAAAGAAAGGUAGGCAUUUUUAAAAUUAAUUGGUUCAUCCUGGUUUUACUUCUGGUUAAUCCUUAAUGUAUUAAGGGGAAAAUCACUUUUUGGUUUUCUCCCAAGUCCCUUGCUUGCCUGAGUGUAAGUGACUCACCCUGGUUAGGAAUGUCAGAUGACAAUUAGUUUCUGAGGACAUGACUUUUUUUUUUUCACUUUCAAACUCUUAAGCCAAGUAGAGAAAGCCCUAAAUACCUGUGUCUAUUUUAUAUCAGUCACUGGGACGUUUUUUAAGUUUUUAUUUAUUCAAGUAAAUUUACCAAAAAAAAAAAAAAAGCCCCCUAAGCACAAUGACUUCCAUUUCUUGACAGUGUUCUCUGGCGUCUCACGUCUGUGUGUUUAACUGUUGUCACAGCAACUGAUCUUCCUCUUGGGAUUUUUAUCUGAAAGCACAAUGCAUCGAGUCUCUUGAAAAUCGAAUUCUCUUGUAGCUCUUUUUAUGGAAUAAACUUUAUGCACUGCUAACGUAACAUUCUCAAGGAAUAGACAUAAACACAAAUGUAUGCCUGAAGCUGAUUUUUUUGGGGGAGGGGGCAGGAAACGAUACUCUGCUUCUAGAAGCUUUUUGUUUAGUAUUUCAUAAAUCAUUGUUUAACCAUUUGUGUGGAGCAUAAACUAUUCAGUGGAUCAUGUCUGUACAUUGUGUAAUGACUGAAAAGCACAUAAAUGAAAUCUACUUUGAACUCAAAAA